AUGACCUCAACUGCUGCCACAGCCACUCUGUUGAACUCCCUUUUCCCGGCCAAGAUGGUCAGUUCAGAAGAACACCCAUUUGGUCGCUCUUAUCCCUCAAAGAAUGCCGGAUUUUAUCCAAAUUGCUUCCCUCGUAACAAGAAGAUGGCACCUCUAACUCUAAGAGAACCCAAGCUCCCAGUUGCCACCUCCGAUGCAAGCACUGUAGCUAGAUAUUCUUCACAGAUGGCAUCCCAAUCACAAGGCGCAGACAGUCUAAAUAAUAUUCUAGAAAGUUUAUGCAAGGAAGGAAGAAUUGAAGCAGCCUUUCAAAUGGCAGACCAAAUGGCCACACAGGGAGCUUCAGCACAACCUGCGAACCUCGUUCUUUUACUCCAAGCUUCUCGGAAGCACCAAAGAAGCUCACCAACUGUUAAACAAAAUGCUCGAACACGGACACCGGGGCUCUUCGAAGGCUCCUUCCGGUCUGAAAUUUAUGGAGAGAGGGUCAGCAACGGUGGUUGGAACGCGAAAAGGAGAGAGGCAUUUGAGAAGGUGAGGGAGCUGCAUAAGGAGAUGAGGGCGGCAGGCUACGUGCCGGACACAAGGUACGUGCUCCAUGACAUUGAUGAGGAGGCGAAGGAGAAGGCGCUGAUGUAUCACAGCGAGAGGCUGGCCAUUGGUUACGGGCUUAUAAGCACGCCGCCAGGGACCACCCUGAGGAUCAUGAAGAACCUCAGGAUCUGUGGUGACUGCCACAAUGCCAUCAAGAUCAUGUCCAAGGUUGUGGAGCGGGAGAUCAUUGUUAGGGACAACAAGCGGUUCCACCACUUCAAGGAUGGGGUAUGUUCUUGUAGAGAUUAUUGGUGAGAGAUUUGUACGAAAACUGUUCUGUAUUGGUUAAAAGUUCUUUAGGUAGGUUCUCAGGAGUGUAGUUAUAACAACGCUAUUGUUAUGCUGCAUCGGUCAUGAGUACAUCAGCUGUUGAACUCUUGAGGUUAUGUGUUCAUUGUGAUCAGUCAGUGAUUCAACAACUAAAAAUUUUGAAAAAUUCUUUUUGUAAUAA